CACUCAUUCUGGUUGUAAGAUGAUCCCUCCUCCUCCAGAGCUGACGGAGUAAGCGAGUGCUGCUCGAGACAGGAAGGACUGCUGAGCACUGAAUGCUAACAAGGGGGAGAGAGAGUACAUGUCCACGGCGAGCGAAAAGGUGGGGGGUUCAACAGCGAGAUAUGGAGAAAUACAAUUAACCUGCAAUGUGCCAACGCCAAAUUCACGCCGAUCACAACCAUCCUCACCACCGAUCAUCACCCUCAUCCUCACCGCCACCAACAGCGCGCGCGUCCUUGUCUUUUUCCUCCUAAGUGAAAUGUAUCGGGACUGUAUGGGAUCUUUUUUCUGACAAUGGAGAUUGAGAAUAUCGUGGCCAACACCGUGCUGCUGAAGGCGAGGGAAGGAGGAGGAGGGAAACGGAACGGACGGAGCAAGAAAUGGAAGGAGAUGCUCAAACUGCCUCAUAUCAGCCUCUGCGAGGAACUUAGACGCACUAUUGAGAGGGAUUACACUAGCCUUUGUGAGAAGCAACCAAUUGGUCGUCAGUUAUUUCGGCAGUUCUGUGACACGCAGCCCAAAUUACGGCGGUGCAUAGAGUUCCAGGAUGCUGUGGCAAUGUAUCAGGUGGCUCCUGAUGAGAAGAGGAGAGACGUUGGUUUAAAUAUUUUAGACACAUAUUUUAAUAAUGGGUCGGCAGCUCAUCUACCAGAGAUGGCUCAGGAUGUGGUUGGGGAAUGCAGGCAGAAACUGGAACAGAGUCCCUGUAAAGAGCUGUUCCAGGAGUGCACCAGGAUAGUUCGUGAAUAUUUAAGUGGAGAGCCAUUCUCGGCAUAUCAGGAGACAAUGUACUUUUCCCGUUUUCUUCAGUGGAAGUGGUUGGAGAGGCAACCAGUUACCAAAAACACUUUUAGACACUACAGGGUAUUGGGCAAGGGCGGAUUUGGUGAGGUUUGUGCCUGCCAGGUUCGUGCCACUGGUAAGAUGUACGCCUGUAAAAAGCUGGAGAAGAAACGGGUGAAGAAAAGAAAAGGUGAAGCAAUGGCAUUAAAUGAAAAACGCAUUUUAGAAAAAGUUAACAGUAGUUUUGUAGUUAGUUUGGCAUAUGCAUAUGAGACUAAGGACGCUCUAUGUUUGGUGUUGACUAUAAUGAACGGUGGAGACCUGAAGUUUCAUAUCUAUAACAUGGGAAACUCUGGCUUUGAUGAACAGCGUGCCAUCUUUUAUGCAGCAGAGAUCUGCUGUGGUUUAGAGGACCUUCAUCGAGAGAGGAUCAUCUACAGAGACUUGAAGCCUGAGAAUAUUCUUCUUGAUGACCGUGGGCACAUCCGUAUUUCUGAUCUGGGACUGGCCGUCCAAAUUCCAGAGGGUGAGACGAUACGAGGGCGCGUUGGCACGGUGGGAUACAUGGCACCGGAGGUCAUUCAGAACGAGAGCUACACCUUCAGUCCCGACUGGUGGGGUUUGGGCUGCCUGAUAUAUGAAAUGAUUCAAGGUCAGUCUCCUUUUCGUCGCCGCAAAGAGCGUGUGAAGCGAGAAGAGGUGGACCGCCGUGUGUGUGAGGACCAGGAGGAAUACACUGAGAAGUUCUCUGAAGAAGCUAAAGACAUCUGCCGACAGUUGUUACGUAAAGAUCCAAAGGAGCGUUUGGGGAGUCAAGGUUGUGGAGCGGCUGAAGUCAAACUGCAUCCUAUUUUCCGAAACAUCAACUUCAAGCGAUUGGAGGCCAACAUGCUAGACCCGCCGUUCUGUCCUGAUCCACGUGCUGUGUAUUGCAAGGAUGUUCUGGACAUAGAGCAGUUUUCUACAGUCAAAGGCGUAAACCUGGACCCUACAGACGAUGACUUCUACCACAAGUUUGUAACAGGAAGUGUCUCCAUCCCAUGGCAAAAUGAGAUGAUUGAGAUGGAGUGCUUUAAAGAGAUUAAUGUGUUCGAGAUGGAUGGAGCACUGUGUUCUGAUCUGGAUGUGAACAAGCCAAAUCCAGCACCCAAGCGAGGAUUCUUCUACCGUUUUUCCGCCGAGAGGCAAGUGCUAGCGUGCCGCCCGCUGCGGUCAGAGGGGGUGGGGCUUGAGGUUUGUUUUAGUAAUGCCAACAGUGAGGAGGAGGAGCCAUCUUGACUUAAAACCACUCCCACUUCCCAUCAGCUGCCAAUCAGAAUGCUAAACGUAUGAAUGUUCAACUGUAUUUAUGAACUGUAUUAAACUGUAUCAUAAUUAAAGAAAAGGGGUGUGAGUUUAAAGAAUUUUGUACAUUUGUACUUGAAUUAUGUGUAGAUGUAUAUUUUCACUAAAGGUUGUAUUGUACAAAAAGCCAUAGAAAUACCACUUGAAUGCAUAUAUAAUGUUUUUAUUGUUAUUAUUUUUCAUCUGUACUGAAUAUGAAAUGUGUAUUUCUUUUGAAGCACAAUAUAAACCCUCACUUUUCUCGUUUAAUGCUAGCCUCCUAGCACUGCCUUUGUUUGUAUGUUAGAUUGUUUGGCUGGACAGAUUUGGUUUUGUACAGUGGGAUGAGAUAAAUGAACAUAAAGAAAGGAGUACAAAUGAUCUAUUCAUCAUUAUCGUUUCUAGUGGUCAGCUGAAAUGGGUUGAUGGCUGAUGGUCAAUUGCUGAUAAAAACUAUAGCCCACAUAUACUGUACAGCGGGGUCCAAUGAUCUGACAACGCUAAGCAAAAUGCUUCUGUUUUUUAUAUUUCUAAUUCCGUACAAUUUUUUAAAUAUAAACGAUAUGAUCAGCAUAACAGCAUAUUUGAUUAAAGGUUGAAUUGAAUAUUAACCAGAAUAUUAGAAUGUCAUAAUAUAACCAAAUUGGCUUAUUUGAUUAGUAAACAACAACAACAACAAAAAUGGUGUAGAAACAAUUUUCAUUCAGAAAUUGCUAGUAAAUUUCUACAAAGUAAGAGCAAGAAACCGUGAAUUGAACAUGAAACUGUGAAGCAGAAAUAGUAUUUAAUAUUUCACGAGAAUAUGAGAUGCUUCAUGUUCAUUUUAGAUAACUCUACUUUUUUAAAAAUCUUCUUCUAUAGCAUUCUAUUUAUUUCUAGUUAUAAAUUACAAUGGAGAGGUGUAGAUUUUCAGUGUAGCCUCAGACUUAUGGACUCCACUGUAUAAGUUAUAAUUUUAAAACAAAAAAUGUCUUUUGACAAAGCCGUUGGUGGUAGCUAGUGCCAAUAGCCUCAAAACGACCAAAUAUCGGACAAUUAAUUAGCUUGAUUGAUAUAUCAGUCUGUUUCUAGUCUUUCUGCAUAGUUUUCAUGCAGUUCAUGCAACUGUUAAGUUCCAUGUCUUAUGAACAUGCGGCAAUGGUCAAUUUCCUUUAAUAUGUAGAGAGAAGAGCACAGGAUGUUCUAGAAUCUUACAGUGUGAAACAAGUCAUUUCUUUAUCUUGGAUCUCUGUGCAUCAGAUGACUAUUACCUGUUUUGGUCAUGUGCAUAAACAAGACAAAAACACACAUUUGUUCUAACUUUAAAACAGUAGGACAUAUUGUGCAGUUGCCCACUGAUAAACAGUUUACAGUGGCUUACCUUUGGCGAUAUCUAGAGAGCAGAAUGACUGAUGUAAUGCUUUUAUAUAUACGUAAAUAUAUGUAUAUAUACUGAUAUAUAUGAGUCACUUAAAGGAAUAGUUCACCCCAAAAUGAGAAUUUGGUCCACCAUAUCCAGGUCAUCCAAGUGUCAAUGUAGAUGAGUUUGUUUCUUCAUUGGAACAGAUUUUGGUGAAAUGUAGCAUUCUAUUACAUGCUCACCAAUAAAUCCUCUGCUGUGAAUGGGUGCCAUCAGAAUGACAGUCCUAACAGCUGAUAAAAACAUCACAAUAAUCUACAAGUGAUCAGUGCAGUAAUCCAAAACUGUAAACAAACCCAUCAUUAAGAUGUUUCUAACUCAAAACCAUUGCUUUUCAGCGGACAUCACUGGAGGAAUCGUUAUCAUGGAUUAUAGACUGGUAUUUUAGCCAGAAGCAACAGUUUAAGGUUAAAGCGCCUUUUUGGGGUGAACUAUUCCUUGAAUCAUAAUACAAUAUAUUUACUCAAAAUACACAUCAAAUUGAAAAUAGAAAAUGCUUGUUAUUCUUAAACGAGGCUUUUGUUAGAUUUUUGACCAGACGCAGGGGAAAACCAAUAAUGAAAGUUUUGUUAAGUGGCUGUAAUUAUGGACUGAUAAUGAUAAUCUCAAAAUGAACCAAAUGUUGUCCAAUGAAUCACUUUUGUUGACUGUUUGCUGAUAUCCACCACAUUUAGUUCAGCUUCCUGCCUUUGCUCUUAUGGUUACCUUCAGUGCCAUCAGGAAUCUUUACAGUGGUAUCAACAGGCCAGUGUAAACCACCUAAAUAAGCUUCAUCUUCAAAUUUGCUCACAUGACGGCUCUUAAAUGAGCUGUUGAUUUUGCCUUAGGUAUCAUAUGUUCAGUUAAUAUUCCAAACGGGGUAUUGAAUGAUCUGUUAAUGAUAAUCACAUGCACACUUUAUGUUAAAUUGUGAUUACUCAUUUUGUUUUACUUUUGUGUGUAUUUGUAUGCCAUUAUUUCAGUCACAACGAGGUAAUGCUUCCAUUCAGAAAUGGGAAUUAGUCUCAGAUGUUUCAUUCCUAAAUGUGUAGGGGGAAAAAAUCCCACUGAAAUGUCCUUUAUAUAGGAUAUUUUAUUUUGAUGCAGUUCUCUAAAGCAGAAAUGUAAUUUUUAAAUUUUAAAUCUUAAUUUUUUAUUCUCAUAGCCAGUCGUAAUAUGCAGAGACAAAAUAAAGCAUUCAUAUGAUAAUUCCAUCUCUGAACACUGUUCUGUUCGGUUUGAUGGAGAAUCACAACCAAUGGCAUGAGUCGGGGGGCGGGGUUAUGACAUACUGCAGCAUUGACAGUAAAGCUCAAAUAGGAAGCACUGUUUUACCUUUGACUGCUCCAUCACCCAUAUUUGUUAUUCUCUUUAUGAGGAUCUUUAUGGUCCCUUUUGCAAAGCUGUGAACCUAAACUCUUCUGUUAUUCCCACGUGUGUGCAUGUUCUACUGUAUCCAUGGUUUUACAAGAGGAAGAGCACUCACAUUAGUUGACAAUAAAAUUAUGAGUUGACAUAUGGCCAUUAAAAUGUACAUUUCAUUCUCUAUAAAAACUCACAAGAAUGUUUGUGUUUUUUAACCUUGUAUAUUUGAAGAUUACACUGCCUUUUCCCUGUUUUCUCCUUGCAGUCACAUCUUUGAUUGAAUUAUUCUAUAUAUAAAAUAAAUAAUUUAGUUUAAAAA